ACUCACAAAAGAAGAAAAAAAAAAACAUUAGCUCUCUCUCUCUUUCAUACAUACAAAUUAGAAAUCUGAGAAAUGACCAAGGUAUAUCCAAACGCAGCAUCGCCGCUGCCGGCGGCGGAUCCGGCGCCGGUGACGGAGAAUUUCAGUGGAGGCAAAGGAGAUGAUCGGAAUCCUACGGUGCUGACGGUGUGGAAGAAGUCUCUGCUCUUCAACUGCGACGGAUUCACCGUGUACGACGCUCGUGGAAACCUUGUCUACCGGGUGGAUAACUACAUUUCUGGCAACAGAGCCGGCGAGGUUGUUCUCAUGGACGCUUCCGGCAGCUCUCUUCUCACGAUCCGCCGCCGCAAGAAACUGAGGUUGUUGGGGGACAGCUGGUCGGUGUACGACGGCGAGACGGCGGUAAACCCUAGGUUUUCGGUGGAGAAAAACGUGAACCUCGUCGGCGGCGGCAGCAGCAAAACCGUGCUGGCGCAAGUGGCGGAGAAGAACAAUGCGUCGGUUUACGGAAUCGAGGGCAGCUAUUCGCAGCGGCGAUGCGCCGUGUACGAUGGGAAGCGGCGGCAGGUGGCGGAGAUCAAGCAGAAGGAAGCCCCCUUCAAAGGCGUAGCUUUCGGGACCGACAUUUUCAAUCUAGUCGUACAGCCUGGAUUCGACGCUGCCGUCGCCAUGGCCGUCGUCAUUCUCGUUGAUCAAAUGUACGGAUCUUCUUCACCUCGACGACGUCGUCGUUUAAGCCUCUAAUGAAUAAAAACGACUGAUUGAUCUAUCGGAAUCGCCUCUCUUUCAUUUUUGUUUUUACAUAUUUUCGACAGCUUUUUCGGUCUUUUCAUUUUUUAUAAAAGACCUAAAACAAAGCUCGUUUUCCAUUGCCAGUGUACAGCGAGGAUUUGUGUCUGUAUAUCAAUUUUUCGUAAAAUCACACAGCGAUCCGCUUCACAUGA